AUGAGAUAUCAAACCAACGAUGGAACAGCAACUGCAUCUGAAGAUUCAAAGGAGAAUCUGAACCGAGUCAUAAACUCGAUUCAGAAAACUUUGGGACUCCUUCAUCAGCUUCACCUUACUGUCUCUUCUUUCACUCCCGCUUCUCAGCUUCAUCUCCUCCAGCGUGGGCAAGGCGCUGUGUCAUAA